AUCAGCUUCCACAGCAUGUGACAGAAACUGAAACUGGCAGACGGUAUGGCUGUGUUUGAUGUUUUGGAACGCAACAAGCUGAUGAUAGAUGAUACUCAACCACUAAGUUGCACGUUAGAAGCUGCAGAAAAUGUACAGGGGCAUACCGUAUAUGUGAUGAGGAUUCAUAGAGAACCUUCUGAAGUAUCUUGGCAGGUAACACGACGGUACAGUGAUUUUGAUGCUUUGAACAAUGCUCUUUUGUAUUCUGGCAUAGACUUACCUCUGCCACCAAAAAAGGUUUUUGGCAAACUAGAACGUGAAUUUGUUGCUGAAAGACAACAAGGCCUUCAGGCAUAUAUUAAUUUUGUGCUGUCACAUCUGUUAUUGUCCUCUUCAAUUCAUGUUAAACGAUUUUUAGACCCAUCUAAUUAUUCUUUUAACUUUGUUGAAACAUCUUUGCAACAUGUAUCUAUGAUUUUUAGAUCAGAACCCCAGUGGGAAGUUGUAGAGCCUUUACUUGAUUUUGGUUGGCGUAUACGAAAGCAAUAUUUUAGUAUAAAAAAUAAAAAUGAACCAAAGAAGCGAUUUGUUCUUUCAUGGAUGGCUAUGGGGCCUGAUAUACAUUUAAAUGAGAAAGACCUAUCAUCUGCUGUAAAAUUGCUUGGAAAUGUGCAGCACCCUUUUAUAUAUCCAUUAUCAAUGAGCUCUAUUAGUGCUAAUGGUGGUCUAGUCAUUUAUGAUUUCUUAGAGAAUGGAUCUCUGAAAGAUUUUUUAUGCAAGACAAAACCACGAGUGCACUAUCUAAAAAAAUAUGGCAAUCCCAAAUCUUAUGCUACAUUAGAACCUCAAAAAAUACGAACGUAUGGUGGUCAGAUAUUGUUGACUUUGAAAUUUCUGCAUGACAGAGGAUUUUAUCAUGGUAGUUUGCAAUCUGGAAAUGUGGCUGUAGUUGAUGGAAAAUGCAAGCUUUUAGAUGUAUUGAAUGGCAUCUUAGGCGUCAGCUCUUAUUUAAGGCCCUAUUUUACUCAAAUUAAGAAAAUUCAGACUGUGGAAAAUAUAGAUAUUUAUUGCUUUGGUCAUCUCUUAUAUGAAAUGGCGCUUGGUAUACCUCUCAGUUCACCUACUUGUGACACUCUUCCUCAAAACUGUCCUUCUGAAUUACGUUCUCUCAUAGAAGCUAUUUUAUCAAAAGAUGCAUUAAAAAAGGGAAUUCCAACCAUCACGGACCUCCUUCAGCAUCCGUUUUUUAUGCAUUCCUCAAAUGAUAUUGAGAAAGUUCACUUUAAAGUUCCAUCACAAUUAAAAGAGAACUUGAAAAAAUCCAGGGAAUUAACAGAGCAACGUCUUAAAGAAGAACAAAAAUCUAUAAGGCACAGCAAAAGGUUGUCAAAAGUUCAUGCGCAGUUAACGUCUGAAGAAGAAAAGAAGAAGCGAUCAAAAGAACGAAAAAAUAGGAGUAAUUUGGAUCUUGUUAACUCAACUUCUAGUGAGAGGUCACAGGCAUCUACACCAACAGGUACUGUGAAUGACUUAGUAUUACCAACAUCAAGUAUGCCCUCCUUACAACCUACAUCUCUUCCAUCAGCAGUUACAGUUAAUUCUGAGAAUGUGACUGUAAAGAAUAAUGCAACAGUAUCUGUUUCUCCCACUUCACCAAUACCUCCUCCUCCUGCUCCACCAGCACCACCGCUGCCACCACCAUCACUGCCUGCAUCCUUGCCACAGAGUCCAACAGCUGAUCGAUCAGCCCUCUUGAGUUCUAUCCAAGGCUUCAAUAAACAUGCUUUAAAAAAGGCUGAAACCAAGGAUUGUAGCGCUCCAAAAAUUUGAGUAUUAAUUAUUUAAUAUUUAUAUAUAUAAUACAGUAGAGAAUUAAGUUUUUUACAUGUAUUAUAGAUGUGUAAAUUUACAUAAAUUACUAAUUUCAAACACAUUUUUGCAGUAUGAAAGGUAUCAAAGCAAUUUUUUAGCACCACAACGAACAAAUAUUAAGGAACAAUUACCAUUAUUAAAGUAUUAUGAUUUUAAUAGAUUUUUUUUUUGUAGAUACUUUGCUUCAUACAUUUUUAUUAACUUUUAAUUAUCAUUAUUUUUAAUCUAUUAGUUAGUUUAGUUUUACAUUAAGUUACGUAUCUCUAACUUCACCUGAUUUCAGGAAGGUAUUAGCAUGGCUAUUUUAAACUUAUCAUAUCUUAUGAUUUUAAAUAAUUUAAAAGGAUGUAUGUGUGUGAAAGAGAAGUGUAAAUAAUUUGAAGAAAAUAUUUAUUUCGAUUAAAGCAUAAUUCUGUGUUAAUAAAAUAUCAAAAUAUUAAUUUGAAUGGAUAUUUUAUAUGAACAUAGGAAAAAAUGAUAUUUGCUAAGUGCUCAGUUUUUGGAACCAUCGUCAAAUGUUUUUGUAAAACAAGUAUUUUACAUGUGGAUAAGAUUUUGCUACACGUGUCAGGAAACUGUCAUGUAUUUUCUAAAAUUAUUUAAUUAUUCCAAAGUGAACUGGAAUUUUUUUCAAUGCUCAUUUCAUGUAAUAAAAUAAAAUAUGGUUAUUUGCUAAUGCUGAAUAUAUAUUCAGUUUAUAGACAUUGUUAAUAUUCAUAUGAAUGAAAGUUUGCUGUCCAUAUAUUUACAUGUAAGAAAGUAUAAUGCCAGUUUUGUGUUUUCUUAUUUUACAAGUUAUUUGUAUGCAUUCAUUUUUUCCCUGUGAAAUUCAUGAGAUUGUUUAUAGUAUAAUCAUUUUUAAUUCCUGUAAUAAUUUUAUAAUUAUUCUUUAUUUAAUAAACCUAACAUACAGAAGAUAUCUUUUAUUAUUAUAACUUAUUGUUUAUAUCAUAAUCAUUUUUAAUUUAUGUAAUAAUUUUUGCAAGUGUUCUUUAUUUAAUAGACCUAACAAUACAGAUAUCUUUUAUUAUUAUAACUUACAAAUUUUAAAUGUUGUGUGCUAGAAUAUUUUAUUUUUUGUAAUAUAUGAAAAGCAUUAUUAUAAUAUGAGAGCUGUAGUUUUGUCUUACAUGAUAUAUUUUAGAGGUCUGUACAUUUUACUAAUGCUGAUAUGUCAUGAUGUUCUCUACUGUAAACAUAAGGUAAUACAAAGGUAGAAGAUGAAACAAGCCAAAGACCAACUUUUGAUGUGUACAAUUGUUUGCUUAAUUUAUAAAUCUUUAUGCUUGGAAUCUAAGGCUUGUCUAUUUAUAUUUUGUAAUUUAAAGAAUCAUUAAAUUAUAAACUUGUAGAUACCA